UAAAUCACGACGAAGUGGCCUGAUCUUUUUCCUCGCUUCCUUGUCGCCUGUUCCCUUCUUCGCUCUUGGUACCUGAGGCGUCGUUCAAUCAACCAACAACCUCCAAACUUUCUUUCGUCACUACUCUUCUGUCGCUGUGCUGGUUCACUGUCACUCUUUUUUUACACAUUAUCUUUUAAUUCACCGAAAACUAUUCCAUUCGCUUCGCCCGUCAAGAUGCAUUCGUCAAUCCUCGCCAACAUUGUCCUCCUGCUGUCCAUCCUCGGCUUCGUCGCUGCCUCGGAGAUGCCCGCAGCUAAACUCGAAGCCCGCCAAGUCCCCGCGCAACUCUCCAUGAUGGAAAUGUGCCUCGACUACGAAGUCACCGCCAACAUGUCGACCAUUGGCGCAAACAGCUCGUACCGCACCGUCUUCAUGCAAAAGGCCCCCGUCGGCACCAUCAUCACUGCGCGCAUGCUCAACGCAGCCAUGGCGAAACUCCCUGCGCUUACCGCCGACCAAAUGCUCAACAACGCGUGCACCAACAAGACGGCGAUUGCGCUGCAGGAGGCGGAGAGGAACUUUACUCAAGGCAUUGUCGCGCAGUACACGACCGAGGGCUUGCCGGUGGGAAUCAAGGCUGGCCCGGAAGUCAUCCUCAUUUGUGCGGCCAUUUGUGUCAUCUUCUCGAUGACCUGGGUGUUUAGUGGAUGAGAGGGCAUGGAGCAUGGGUUGGACGGUGGUGGCAAGAGGAUGUCGAGUUGCAGGAGGGGCGCAUAGUGGCGACACACGAUAGAAGAAGUGGUAUACCCAAAUAUGGCGUUAUAGUGAAUCCAAGCAUCGACGUUGCGUCUGCGCGCCAUCAUCUUUUCUU